CUUGCGAGGACCAUUUGUGGCGUCGGUGAAGAAGACAACGUCUGAGACAGUGAAUGACCCAUUUGUCUUUUGGAAUUCGCAGCAGAGGAGUGAAGAACUUCAAGUUUUCAGCACGAUUGACGGUGAAAAUCUCGUAUUUUUGACAGUGGACGGUUAACCACAACCAGACCGUAAUGUGCAGGAGCCGAAUGUUGUUCAGAUGAGUAAGCAUGUCUUUAAAUCAAGAGGAACAAGCAGUUUCCGAUAUCAGGUUCUCGUGAAGUGGAGAAAAUGACGGCUUGUGAAAACACAUUACAGACAGGUGUACCUUUGCCGAGAGUUAAAAAUUUCAUUUUCGUCCGUAAAUUAACUUAAAUUCUGAAACAAGGAGUGACCGAGAUCACAACUUAAGCUUUAGAGCAUUCGAAAACAGUGGAAAUUCAAACCGAGUCUUGAAAUGAUGAAUUUUCUCAAGGAAUUACUUGCGCCAAAAGCCUUCAACAAAUCUAGUCAUGUCCUAGUUUUAAUUUGGUACGUGAUGGGUGUAAUUUUCCUUGGCAUUUUUGGCGAAAUAGGAAACAACGAGUCCACGCUUGAUUUCCAUUGUGGUGGAGUAACGAGUGAAAAUAUCGACCUCGUCCGGAAAAAAUGUUUCGAGAAAUACGAUAAGCAGUACAACAAAUACGGUCUUCCUAUCUAUGGCUUCAUGCUCAUCAAUUUCUUCCUAAUUGGAAUUGUAUGUGCUAUUUACUCCAAACUAAUAAGAUCGACAGUCGAUCAACUGACGCCAAGCACUCGUAACAGUGAUCCCGAGAGACAGCCGCUUGGCCAAGAGAACCCAUCAACAAAUGGAGAGAAGCUUUUCAUCGCUUACUGCUGUCAACUAUUCGCAAAAAUGGUUGUAGAAGUCCUCUUUAUGGUCCUACAAACUCAGUUGCUUUAUCCAACUAAGUUUUCCUCUAAGUUUGACUGUUAUUUAACCUUUGAAACCAAUCCGCCAGAGAAUUUUCACGAAUGUCACAAUCAACGAGCGGAUAGGAAAUCCUUCUGGAUGCGCGCUGUCCUUGCAGUGAAUGGAAUUUUCGUUGCUCUCAUUCUGAUUGAAAUCAUCUACAUGUUGGCACGGGCAUGUAAAGAAAGGAGUUUCUUAAAAAACUCGAAGUUUCUAAAAUCCCAUCUUAAUCCCAGUCAUGAGAAGUUGCGUCAGGAACCUCAAAAACGAUCAGGAAGAGUAGAACACGGUUCACGACAGUCAAGAGUGCGUGAAAGCCGCCCGACCCAAUUCGAGUUACACCGAGAACCUCAGAGGCAAAAUGAUUUUGUCCAACAACAGCCAGAUUUAGGGUCAGAUGGUAAGCCUGUACAGCUUCAACGAUUCAUCGCGCAAACAAAGAAAAUAAUUAAAGAAGACACCCAUCGCCUCGUCGAACUCCUAUCACCGUUUUUAGGUCCUCCAGGGGAACAAGCAGGAGCUAAAUUUUUGACUCUGGAUCAAAUUUACACAAACUUUGUGGUCAUCCCCAACAGGGUUAUGUACGACUUUCCACCAGACAGACGAGAGCAACUCAAAGUUUAUACAAGGUCGCGGGAGGAGUCACGGCCGAAAAGCAUGGAAGAUCUCCUCGAUGGUAGAGCGAAAAAAGUUUUGAUUGUUGGUCGACCCGGAAUCGGCAAGACAUUUGGUUUUACGAAAUUUUUCAGAGACUGGGCACUUGAUAAAGUUUUUAAAGGGACAUCUGAUGCCAAAAUCCAUUUUGAUGCUGCUUUCCUCAUGAAAUUCAGGAGAAUCAAAUCGCUAAACGACCUUAGUCUCAGGGAACUACUCACUCACGCAGAACAUUCCCCUUCAGAUCACCUGGAUGAUGAGGUCUGGAAAUACAUCCAGCAGCACCCGGAACGUGUUCUCAUAGUUUUUGAAGGAUUCGACCGAUUCAAAUACGACGCAAAAAUGGCCAUGCCUUCUUUUCGUUCCACAAGCAUUGAAGAGAAAAUGCCGCUCCAAGUCCUUUAUCAGUGGCUCGUGACCGGGAAACUUCUUAAAGAUGCUACAGUUGUGACGACUACGAGGCCUAGGGCUUUAUCAAGCAUCGCACAUCUUAAGUUCGACAAAAUCUAUGAAAUCCUAGGGUUAUCAUCGGAACAAGUUAAAGAAUAUGUCUUCAAAUACGCUGGAGAUGACAAGCAAGUAGGCGAAACACUAUGGCUACACAUCAGCAGUAACACGAGCGUACUUUCGCUCUGUUAUAUCCCGGUGAACAGCUUCUUGAUGUGCUCGUGUAUAUGGCAAAUAAUGCAGUUCCACAGGUCCACUGAUAUUGACUUUCCUUCCUAUUUCACAAAGGUUUACAAGAUUGCAGUGAAAGCGUUUUACCUUAAACACGCAAAAGGAUUCCGCGAUAAGCAUUUCGGUCGCAAAGACUAUGAAUCAGAUGAUUUGCCCAUAGAAGUGGAAGACCAAUUCAGUAUACUUGGAAGAGUAGCGUUUGAAGGAAUCAAAGAAGGACAGCUGAUCCUUGGAGAAAACGAAGCACAUGGAGUGGAAGACAGCGUUCUUUUGCACCGUUUACCCGACCGUCUAACUGUUACGUCUGAUCAAGAAGAACAAUUCUGUUUUAUUAAUCUAACGAUACAAGAGUUUUUCGCUGCACGGCACAUAGCAAGCACCAUGAAUGCAACAGAAUUGAGGAACUUUGUGUCCGGGAACAUGCAGAACGGCAGAUGGCAACUGGUUUUUCAUUUCCUAUCAGGACUAAUGUCUAACCAGUGAACGAUAAAGAUUAUAGCUACCGAGCGCAAUAAUCACAAACCUUUUUCCUGUAGAAACUGCGUAGUUACUAAAAGAAGGAAUGACCUAAAAUGAUCUACAAUGACCUAAAAUGAUCUAAAUCAUUAGAAUAAUUGAAAUGGAGAAAAUAGAGUUUUUCCUGGUAUUCACACAAUUACAGCAAGAGGUUGAGAAAACUACCAAACGUUCACCAAAAACUAGUCUUUGGUUCGUCAUCGGAAAGCUUUAAGAAACUACCAUUGGUAAUUUUCAUCAACCGAAAGUCUUAAGAAACCUUCUACAUUCAUUUAUUCGUGUUAAGUUCUCUCGGGAGUCAAUUAUCGUUACCAUUAGAAAUCCGAUCGUUUAUUUGAGUCGUCACGCCAUGCUUCUGUCCAGAGAAACCCUUUAUGACGACUGACAAACAACGGAUGGUGGGAAGACAAACUUGCCUCUCAGGUCCCCCGUUGUUCAUAGGGUGGGUAACCCUGUCCAUUGAAUAAAUCUCUAUCUGGUGGAUAGCACAGUACGUUUUGUUACUACUUAUCUGGCGCUGGAUGGCGAUUUAUCCAUUGGAUAGCGUUACCCACCCUUAAAUAACUGGGCCUUAGUGAGCAUUCGUCCUAUUGUAAUUUGUAAUUCGUGGUAGACUGCUGAGGGUAGAUUUAAUUGGGACCAUCGUACUAAAGUUUGGUAAUGUAUUCAAGAACAUUUGUCAAAAGUUUUACCCUUACAUUUAGAAUGCAGCAACACUAACGCUUCAGGUCGUAAACUACUUAGGAUUCGAAUAACUGCGUGGUAACCAGCUUAGAUAGAACUACAACCUUACAAAUAGACCAUGAAUGAAAGCAAACUAAAUUUGUGAAACGCUUACAGCAGUGGGAUAAUUUGAACCGGCUCCAAAAUUCGAAAUGAAAAGUUAGCCAAGGAACAUGUUUAGUAGGAGCAUAGGAUGUAAAACUUUUUAAUUAAACUAAAAUUGAAGGGAAAAAACAGCUGUUUUGUAGGGUAUAGUUGAGAUUGAUCAGAUAUAUCAAUUUGAACAUUUUUUUAGUUUUCUGCAGUUCUUGUAAGUAUCAGUGUGUUUUUUCUAAGGGCCUGUUACUUGUAUGAUAUAGUAACAUGUCAAUAAGUUGCACUGAAAAAUCAGAAGAUGAAGCAACCAGUACUUGUAAAAAGAGCUAGAACUUCUAAAUAGAUUAUCGUAAAAUAAAUUUUCUAAACGGAUGUGUA